UCGAAUACCAGCCAAGUCAGUUUUAUCCAAAGACUGGAAUUUUAAUUUAAAAUGUUAUUUAUUAUUUCUCUAGUUUCUAGUUGAUUCUAGAUCUUUCUUUAAAUGUUCUAUCUGGAUGUUUCUCGAACAUUCUGAGAGUGUAUAUAAAGUCAAGUGUCACCAGUUGUGAUCGAGUUAUCGGUCCUGUACGCUUGAGAGUUACUUUGCUUGAAUAAAUCUGAUUACUUGUUCAACCUAACAGCCUUGUUAUUUCCAAUCUUCGUGACAAGUUUGGUGGAGGCGCCGGGUACUUAUUCCUGCAACCGUGGACGAUAGCGAAAACCUACGGAGGAGCCUUCGAUUGAGAGGAUUAUCUCCCGAAUUUGGAUUUUACUCUCCAGAAAGCAGAAAAAGGACAAAAAUGUCGGUAGAAGCCAAGCCCGUAGUAGUGACUGUUCCUACGCCCCAACAACUGAGGAGCCCAUCGACAUUCUCCGGAACGCCUGGAGAGGACCCUCUUAAAUGGCUAAAGGAGUAUGAUCGAGUUGCCCAUUUCAACAAGUGGGAUGACAUGGUGUGUCUCGCCAAUGUAUAUUUCUUCCUAGAUGGCACUGCUAAGCAGUGGUUUGAAAACAACGAAGACAACUUGAAUUCUUGGGAAGCGUUUAAAAAUGGAUUACUAGGACUUUUUGGUGACCGUCAAAAACACACCAAGAAAGCCGAAGAACAACUUAAAUACAGAGCCCAGCGCCCAGGGGAGAGUACGCAGUCCUAUAUUCAGAGCGUAUUAGGUCUCUGCCUAGAGGUUAAUCCAUCGAUGUCUGACUGCGAAAAAGUGUCACACCUAAUGAAAGGUAUUGCCGAAGACAUUUAUCAGGCCCUUUUAAUGAAAGAAAUCACCACUAUAGCUGAUUUCACAAAAUGGUGCAACUAUAUAGAGGAUAUGAAGCAAAAGAGAGUAAAACGACAGAGAUUUGAGAGGCUACCAAACGUCGUACCUGUAGCAUCCAUGGAGGACGAGCCAGAUUUGACGUCCCUCAUUCGCAGAAUAGUGCAGGAGGAAGUUCAGCGGUUGGUUACCGAACUUAAAGCACCUUCAGAACCAUAUUCCCAGUCGUUAGAGGACCUGGUGCAAGACGAAGUCGUAAAAGCUUUGGCACCGGUUUCAGCAAAACCAACCGAACCUCGACCAAGACCAUCUUAUGCAGCUGUGGCCAGACGAACCAGCUCCCCUGCUCAGAGGUUGCCCGUACAGUCAAGAAAAACUGAUAUUUGGAGAACUGCCGACAAUAGACCAGUUUGUUUCCACUGUGGCCGUCCAGGACAUGUUGUGCGCUAUUGCAGAGAACGGAAAGCUGUAUUUGACAAUUAUCGACGCCGCCAACAGAACUUCGAAACUGACGCUGAAGAAGAAGAAUACCGCCGACCAAAUACCAUCCGCCGUUCCACACCCAGUCCAUCUAGAGGCCGAUCCCCUACACGCCGUUUCAGAUCACCGUCACCGUAUCGUCGAUCCAGUCAGUCGCCAAGCCGCAGAAAUGAGGAAAACUGA